GUGGCUCUGAACAAAGGAACAAACAAUUGUUAUGAGUCUGACGAGAGAGAAGAUCUGAGUGAGAAUGAGCACUUGUAAUCGAGAGGGAGGCCGCUGCGCAGAGAUGGCGAUGGUAUGCCUGACGGAUUUCGAGGAGUAUGCCAAGGAGCAUCUCUCGAAGGCCACCUGGGAUUACUACGCAGCCGGCGCGGACGAGUGCUGCACCAGGGACGACAAUCUGCUGGCCUACAAGAGGAUCCGCCUGAGGCCUCGUAUCCUGCGGGACGUGUCCGUGAGCGACACGCGGACCACGGUGCAGGGGAUGGAGAUCAGCUUCCCCGUUGGCAUCGCGCCGACCGCCUUCCACUGCCUGGCCUGGCACGAAGGGGAGGUGGCCACAGCUCGGGCCACAGAGGCCCUGAACACCUGCUACAUCACCAGCACCUACUCCACCUGCUCGGUGGAGGAGAUCGUGGCGGCGGCGCCGAACGGCUACCGCUGGUUCCAGCUGUACGUGUACCGGGACCGCAAGCUGUCGGAGCAGAUAGUGCACCGCGUGGAGUCGCUGGGCUACAAGGCGCUGGUGCUCACCGUCGACGUGCCCUACACCGGCAAGCGGCGCAACGACAUCCGCAACCAGUUCAAGCUGCCGCCUCACCUCAAGGUCAAGAACUUUGACGGAGUGUUCCAGCAGGAGACGGCCGGCCCGGAGGAGUACGGCAUCCCGGCCAACACCUUGGACCCCUCCAUCAGCUGGAAAGACGUGUACUGGCUGCAGUCCAUCACCCGCCUGCCCAUCAUCAUCAAGGGCAUCCUGACCAAGGAGGACAGCGAGCUGGCCGUGGAGCACGGCGUCCAGGGCAUCAUCGUGUCAAACCACGGGGGGAGACAGCUGGACGGCGGCCCGGCUUCGAUUGACGCGCUGUCGGAGAUCGUGGACACGGUGCAGGGCCGGAUCGAGGUCUACGUGGACGGAGGCAUCAGGACGGGGAGUGAUGUUUUGAAAGCGCUGGCCUUGGGAGCCAAGUGUGUUUUCAUUGGCCGCCCGGCAGUGUGGGGCCUCGCGUACAAGGGCGAGGAGGGAGUGAGGGAAGUGCUGCAGAUUUUAAACGACGAGUUCCGUCUGUCCAUGGCUUUAUCAGGUUGCAGGAACGUAGCUGAGAUCAACAGGAACCUCAUUCAGUUCGCCAAACUCUAACUCGCCAGCAGAGGGCAGCGCCGAGGGACGAUAACAACAACAACGGCGGCGGCGGCGGCGGUCGCCUGAGCAGGACUCGCCGCCGCACCAAACCAAAAGUGUUGAAGAAAUUGCAAACUUACAAUCAAUCGAGGCGGGGCCUUGCCCGGAAGGGCCCCACACAGAGAUGACCUGGAAAUCGAACCCCGACCUUCUGCGCGAAGAGUCAGCGGUGUGACCCGCUAAGGAAGAACCUGAAACUGCAUCGUCAUGACAUAGAAACUGUGCGUUGCAUCAUUUGAGGGAAACCCGACGCAUGCUUCCACCCAUCUGAAAUGACCUGUGUGUCUGACAUGCUUUGUGUUUUUUUGCUUUUGGAUUUGGAAGGGGGGGCAACAACAAACGUGUUCUGGGGUUUUACUGAAACGAAUGUGAGAGAUGAGGACUUGCACUGUGGUGUUGGAAAUGCUGCCACGUUGCUUGUGGUUUAAUAAACACCUGCUGAGGUGACGGA